GACGGGAAGUUAAUUAAUAAAACUGUUGGGGAAAGAUUUCUGUAGGAAAAUUGCUGCUAAGACAAUGUCUAAGGCCGUGGAGAAAGUGAUCUUUCUGGCCAUCAUAUUCCUAUAUUUAAACCAAUCUUCAGUCUAUGCUGCUGGUGUUACAUAUGAACAAUUUCUACAGAAUGCCAAAAGUUUGAGAAAAACCUGCCAGCCAAAACAUAAAGUUUCUGAUGAAUUAGCUGAUCAACUGGGUAAGAAAAAUUUCCCAGAGGAUAAAAAUCUUAAGUGCUACGUUAAAUGCUUCCUGGAAAUGGCUCAAACAAUGAAGAGGGGAAAAAUUAACGUAGAAGCUGCAAUAAGGCAAAUUGAUAUUUUGGUCCCUGAGCACCUGAGGAAUGAUUACAAAGCCACUGUUCAAGCAUGCAAGGAUUCCUUCAAAGGAAUUAAGGACAACUGUGAAGCCAGUUACACAUUUCUAAAAUGCUCUGCCGAGCAAAAUCCUUCCUACGAAUUUCCUUAG